UACCUGUGACGAGGCGGUUCUUGUGUUGCGAAGCGAGAAUGCGGACGAGGAGAGUAGUUUCACGAGUUACCUUCGAUGAGAGCAGAUGGUAAUUAGGAAAAAACCCGGAGGAGCGAUCGACGUCAUGGUUAGUGCAAGCGUUGAAGUCGCCCGCGUGCCAUCGGGCAUGCCGCGCGAUCCGCGCUCACGUGUCACGUCUCGUGUAGUCAUCCGGGAUCAUCGAUCCCGGCCGAUCUGCCGAAAUAAAACGUCGAAGAGCUAUGUUACGCUUCGGGCUACCUUUUCCUGACUCAGCUGAUCGAGAACACCUUAAGUCCCCUUUGAAACAGCCCCGCUCGUCGUUCUUUCAUGUCCCCCUCUCGAGGCUCUUGUCCCCUCUACCGUCAUGCUGGAAAUCACUUUCGAAGACCCGUUAACCUACUGGAGGCCUUAGUAUUCGCGCUGUCUUCGAACCACCAUGUUAACAGCGCAGGUGUACCUCUAGACCAUCUGGCUUUCACAAUAAUUAUUCUUGGAUGCUGGUAACUCAGCUUAGCUACCUAAGGAAGAGCCUCUGAUGCUAAGAGGUUUGCAAGAAGAAUUGGAACUGAUCAGUUCCUUCAAGUUUGACGCACCAAAGAUCAUAUAAACAGGAUGAAGGGAUGGUUCGAUGCGUUUCGCAUCGACGGAGGUCCAACGUUGUACAGCUACAGCAACCGCACUCCUGUCACGGGUGACGUACCUCUGGUGAUCGUGUUCGUGAUAUUCGGUACCAUCCUCACAGCGUUCCUAGUCAUAUUCCCUGGCAUACGGAAAGAGAGACUCAGCACGUUUCUCACGGUGACCUUGAGCCUCUUCGUCGGAGCGUCGAUUCAAGUUGCACAGUAUGGGUCUUCUUGGCACACCAGCUCAGCAACUAUCGUUGGUACGUACAGCGCAUUCUCUAGACAGAAAACUGUUGCUGAAAUAGGUGGAUACAUUGGACUGAUGCACAUAAACAUCACUUACAAACUCCUACCCAGUACCGAGAAUCCAAUGGAUGACGUGGAAUAUAAUGAAAGAUUCUGGUGGAGAAGCACAGGAGAGAUGACCAGCGCCUUCAAACAGGCGCUUUAUCAAGGAGCACCAUUCCCUAUUGUUUCUCUGGCAGAGUAUUUCAGCCUUCAUCAAGAAGGCUUCUCCUGGGGAAGCAAAUACCGACAGGCUGGGUAUUACGCAUCGCUCAUACUCUGGACAUCAUUUGCCUCCUGGAUCAUGACAAAUCUACUUCUAGUAGUUGUACCAAGAUAUGGAGCAUACGGAAUGAUCAUCACCGGUAUUUGUAUGCUGAUAACAAACCUAACUUAUUGGGUGCUAUUACCCUGUGAACCAUUGAUAGCUCAUAUAGACGGUUCAAUUCUUGCUUUCAAUUUGGGAUGGAAUUAUUGGCUGGUUCUUCUAGCUGGUAUCGGAUGCCUGUUCGCUGGGGCUGUGAUCACAGCCAUCGACAUGAUAUUCCCUCAUCAAUUCUCCACUAUACUGGAAGUUGACUACGACACACCGUACGACAGGCACGUUAUCAUCGAGGAGAGUUUUGACACGAGGAACAUCAGGCGGAGAUUACCUAAAAUUGAGGAUUCGUUUGGUGAUCGGAUAAUAAGUCAACUCUCGUCCAAGUUACAGAGCAGACACGACGCGAAGGAAGAUACCCAAGGUGUGAUCAAUCGUGGAUACACGUCGCACGAGUCUUCGGACUUUCAGCACGAAAGCAACGAAGAAACGACGAAGAAUAACUGGUCUUACCCAUUUCCAUCAUCCUCGCGAAGAACUAUGAGUGGUUGAUAUUUGUUAUUUAUCUCUCAAUUGUUAAUAAAUUCAUUCACACUCGCA